AUGUCGCGCGCCGCGGCCGCGCUGGCGGCCUGCCGCCAGCGCCGCGGAGCCGCGGCGGCGGCGGCGGCCCUGCAGCCUCCCCCGCCGCCCCCAGCGCCGGGCGCGGCGGUGGCGUCGCAGCGGCCCGUGCGCGGGUCGCUGGCGGAGCUGGAGCGCCUGGCCCGGCAGGCGUCCGAGGGCGCGCGGCCCGCGGGGAGCGAGCUGGCGCGCGCCGCGGCGGCGCUGACCCAGGAGCUGCGCACGGAGCCGGCCGCCUUCCGGUCUGCGGACAUGCUGCAGAUCGUGGGCGCCUGCUGCAGGGCGUCCCACCGGCAUCCCCCGCUGAUGGAGGCCGCGGCGGCGCACGUCCUGAGAGGCAUGCAGGCGUACCCCCUCUUCGAGGGCGACGGGACCGCCCAGCUCUCUCCCGUCGACAUCGCCUGCCUCGUCUUCGCCUACGCGCACUGCGGGCACCAGGCGGGUGCGCUGCUGGAGGCGUGCGCGGAGCGCCUGAAGGCCUGCCACAUGAUCGGGGGGCCGAACUGCGCCACCAUCCUGAAUUCCUACGCUCGGCUCAGCGAGUGCAACCCAGAGCUCUUCAAGCUGCUUGCCGUGUCGAUCAUACAGACGCGGCCAGAGAGCUUCGAGGUGCACCACCUGAGCAUCACCAUGAACGCGUUCGCGAGGUGCCAGGUUCGGAAGCCCCAGCUCUUCAACCUGCUCGGCGGCUUCCUGCAGAGGCGUGUGGAGGAGCUCAGCCCGCAGAACGUGUCCAACGUGGCCCACGCGUUCGCGAAGCUGGAGUGCUACAACCACGACCUCUUCGCUGCGCUUCAGGGCCAGGUGCUGUCUGGAACCCUGGGGGCGUACAAGAACUUCGAACUGGCGGUCCUGACGCACAGCAUGGCCAAACUGGGCGCCGGAGGACGGAAGCUGUAUGGCGCCCUCUUCGAGGAGUGCGCGCGCCGCGCGGAGUGGAGCCCGCGGGCCGUGGCCCAGAUACUGGAUGCAAUGCGCCGCAGGCAGGCCUACUUCAACGAGGCCCUCGCGCUGCUGCUCCUGCGCCAGUUCGUGGAGGGCAUGCGCGACUACCCGGUGCAUCCGCUGACUCAGACGGCGUGGUGCCUGGUGGAGCUGAACGUGCUGGACAUGGCCGACCGCCUGCAGCCCCUGCUGCCAGAGGAGGCGGCAGCCGCUGGAGGGGCGGAGGUCCCCGAAGGCGCGGGCUCUGCCGCUGCGCGGCAGGUCAUGCGCGAGGUCUUCGAGCGCAUGGAGAGCCUGAGCGGCGCCAGGCCUCUGACGCCCACGCAGACCUGCUACGUCCAGCAGCUGGUGCGCUCCUACCACAGCUGGGAGGGCGCCGGCUGCGCGCUCCGCAGCCGCGGGCCCCGCUGCCAGGGGGGCGGGGGCGGAGCCCUGGCAGGCGCUGGCCAGUUGGGGCCGGUCGCCUGGCCGGGGCUCGUGGUAUGCGGCAAGUGCAGCUGGCGCGCUCCCGACGGCAAGUACGAGGUGGACUACCGGCUGCAGCCCGCCCACGUGCGGGCCUUCUGCAAGUCCCUGUUCGUCUCGUCCACCUCGGUGGUCUCCUCCGUCGGCCGCGGCGGCAGGGCGGCGGGAGCCCGCGCGCGGGCGCUGACGUAG